AAUUUUAUUGAAAUUAGUGAAUCUUUAUUUCAAUUCAAUUUAUUUAAUUUCUCAUUUGUGUGUUGACUAUUUUAAUUUAAUCUUUCUUAUAAACAUAUCUGUGUAACUCAUUAUGAUUACUAAUUUCGACAAACUUUGUAUGGAAUUAGAAAAACAAGAAUUAGAGGCCUCUAAUGGAGUAGCUUCACCAUCUACGUAUUCUCAACUAUUAGCCAUAUAUUUAUACCAAAACGACCUAUGUAAUGCAAAAUUUUUAUGGAAGAGAAUUCCACAAAAUAUUAUAGGCAGUAAUCCUGAAAUAACAGCAGUAUGGGCAAUCGGUCAAAUGCUAUGGAAGAAAGACCUACCUGGUACUUACCAAGCCCUUGCAGCUUAUGACUGGACAGAGCCAGUUGCCAACAUUAUUAGAUCACUCGAAGAAAAAAUACGUGAGAGAGCAUUCAACCUCAUUGGCCGUUCAUAUAGCUCCAUCUCACUCGACACAGUGGUUGCAAUGACCGGUCUGAGCAAAGAAGCUGUAGUGCACUUAUGUCGAGAUCGCAAGUGGACGCUCAAUGAGGAUAAUGUCACAGUCCAACCCACACCUCCAACGCAGCCUGCACCUUUACAUACAUCUAGCGAGGACCAACUCUUCAAACUUACAGAAUUUGUAUCUUUCUUGGAAAACUAAACUGCGAGGUCAUAAAGAGGACGGUCCCUUUGGCAAUGACUCCGGAACCCAACACUACAAUGAAGGUGACCAGAUACGCCAUCACUUUGAGC